AUGUCCUCGUCACGGCCGCCGCUCAGUGCGCGCAAGGGUCUGCGCAACGACUUGGGCGCGAACAACUGCUUCCUGAACGUCAUCAUCCAGAGCCUGUGGCACGUGCGCAGCUUCCGCGUGCUCAUUGCCAUGGGUGACCACGCAGUGCAUCAUCGCUGUCGUGGGGACCCCUUAACUGUGUGUAAAUCAGAACAAGAAGUCCUAAAUUUAGGAUCGUCAGUCGAAUCCGUCACGCCCUGUCUCUUGUGCGAAUUGGAGCAGAUCUUUGUCAUGUACCAGUUUGCCGAGCAGUCGGUACUGGACGUGGAUAGGGUCCGUCUGGCUCUAGGUGACACCUUUGCUCUAGGCGCGAUGAACGACGCGACGGAGACGCUCGAGACGAUUCUGGAUGCUCUUCACUAUGACACGUUUAACCGGAUGCUGGCACUUCGUCAUAAAGGGGCGAACCGUCAUGUCUCGAUUGGUGGCCUCCAGAAGGUGGAGGACAUGUCCGAGUCUCUUCGACAAGACGCGGCCUCGAUCACUUGUGAGCCGCAGUGUGUGGCCCACCGCCUCUUUCAGAUGAAUCUGAUGGAGCUUAAGGUUUGCACCGUUUGCGGCCAUACAGCGGAGCCGAUGAUGAACACAGACUUUCUGUAUCGAGUUUAUGCUCAAGAGCUGCUGGAUAAUGCAAGAGCUGGGUCGAAAGGUGAGGAGAAAAAGCAGAUGACGCUGGAGGAAGCAUUGCGAGAGGAAGCCCGGGCCCAAGAUGUGGCUGGAACUUGUGACAUGUGUGAACGUGGCGCACCACGAGCACUGAGCAGGUGGAUUCUCACGCUGCCCAUGGUGUUUUCCAUUAGUAUCAUCUGGUCCAGUAAUCAGGUGCACAAGACUGACAUUAAGGACUGGAUGGAACUUUUGUCGUCGCAGUGUGCGACAUCCGCUGGUUUCGAAGAAACUCAGCAAGGUCUGGAUCUAGGACGUAUCUUCCGACUGGAUAACUCGAUGGAGGCGUCAUCGACGUACUCGUUUCGAGGUCUCGUGUGCUACUAUGGACGGCACUAUGUUGGCUUUUUCGCUAGCCGGAGCCUGGACGAGGACGGGGUCGAGUGCGAGCGCUGGUUCUUGUUUGAUGAUACGCGGGUUAAGCUUGUAGGGGCGUGGGCUGACGUCCGCCUGCGUGUUGAGCGGGGAUGUUACCAGCCAACGUUGCUAUUUUACGAACGGAAUGGAAUCCAGCAAGAACGUCUUGAGACGAUAUCUGCCGAGAUUCACUCGUGGUGGGCAGCAUCUGCUAAUGAGUCGGAUGAUGUGGGAACGAAUGGAAAGAUGGAAGAGAACUCAGCUGAUAAGGUGAGUAUGAAUGGGAAAGGGGCUCCACACGAAGUGGAUUUGGAUAGUGGCAUUGAGGACGAAUUGCUUGCAAAGAUGGAGCGAAGCGUUCGAAUAGCUCAGGAACAGCCACUAACGUCACUGAUUCCUGCUGGUUCCAGAAAGUUGCCGACAAGCCCGAUCUCGCUACCGAUCCAAGCACCAAAAUCAAUGCCUGUUCAAAAUGAAAUGCAAAGAAGUGAUGGCUGGCGACAGGAAGACGUUCAUCUGCAUAUGGCACACAAGUCUGCUCAGGACACUUUGUCGAGGCUUAACGGGAUGCUGUAUAAGGACAUCGCGCCGGCGUCCACUCCAGUUGAUGGUCGAGCAGCAUUGCGCAUGGCGAUGUCCCAAUCGAUGCAGCGCUCUGUUCGCCUUCGCGACUACUCCGUUCGCCGUCCCGCCGGGAAAGAAGAUGACGUGAAUCGUGACAAGAUAUUUGAAGAUGAGACACCAUGUAUCGUAGAAGAGCAAGCCACCACAGCCCCCACUGGUCCGAUCAAUCUCGUAUCCAUGAGUUGCGAUGAAACAGCAGCAGAGGUAUCGCAAAGUCCGCUGAAAGUAUUUGAUGUUUGCCUUAAUGCCUCAGAUGGCGGAAUAGGUUUGCUUCUCGACAAAAGUACAAGUGGCGACAGUUAUUCUCCGUCGUCAGUACCCGGUGCUAAACCAACGUUCAUCGUAUCAGGUUUUGAAGUCAAUGGCGCAGGCGCUAAGCUACCCGCUGAAGCUAGUGGGGCGAUUUACAAGGAGGAUAUCCUCGCGGGCAUCAAUGGGCACAUGCUCGAAAACGAAGAUUUGUUUGAUGUGCUGGAGAUGCUAUUGAUGUCGUCGAAUCCGAUUCGGCUACAAUUUAAUCGCUUUCAGCCGUGGGCAUGUCCAUGCUGCACGCUGCUAAAUGAAGAAAUGGUUGCAACGUGUGCAGCAUGUGGACACACACCUACUUUAUGA